UGCACUGCUGAAAAGAACAGACCAAUAGACAUCUGUUUUCGAGUUAUGCCUUCUUGAGUCGAUUGCAAAUAAACAUCGCACUUAUUUUCACUCGUUUAAAUUGUUAACUUUCAAUUGUAUUCUGUGUAAAGAAGUUUCUAUAUUAUCAUAAUUUGCUAUUUAUUAGUUUAGUGAUUCUUCGUCCAACUUGACUAAUUAAAACUCCCAUAUCGAUGUUCAUUACAUUUAACAACGGUGCCCAUUUUUUGCUGUGAUAAAUGCUGUCUUCACCGUACUGGCGGUAAAAACAUAACCUGACUUUAGUCUGCCAAGUCUGAAGUUUACGGAUAUCACAACGUAUACGUUUGGAUUUGAAUGUACAAACAAUAGGAAAUGGCUGAAAGAUUAGAAGAUCUAAAUUUGCCCAAUGCUGUGGUUACGAGAAUCAUAAAAGAAGCUUUGCCUGAUGGAGUUACAGUUGGCAAAGAUGCUAGAACAGCAGUGGCGAAAGCUGCAUCUAUUUUUAUAUUAUAUCUCACAUCAUCUGCUAAUGUAAUAGCGAAGAAAGGAAAUCGUAAAACAAUCAGUGGACAAGAUGUGAUCCAAGCAAUGACAGACAUUGAGUUUGAUCAGUUUGUUGACCCACUGCAAGAAUCUUUAGAGAACUUUAAGAAAGCUCAGAAAGAAAAGAAAGAUGCCACAUCAAAAAAAAAGCAACAGAAGAAAGAUGAAGAUGAUGCAGGAGAGGAAGAGGACACUUCUGGAAGAGAAAUUACAGUUUUCUAAUGCACAUGAUUGAACUAAAUUUGUUAUGACUUUAUGCUGCUUAAUUUAUUAAAAAAAGAAAUUGAGAAAGCAGAGUAUUCAUAUAUGGAUAAUAAUAAAACUCAUAUAUUGAUAUAUUGAUAUAAACAAAGAAUAUUCAAAUACUUUGAUGAUUCAAUAUUUGUGUGCACAUCAUCUUAGAUUAGUUAAAAUUAUUUAAAGAUUAAAUACGAGUCAAUGACUUACAAA